AUGCGACCGCGUCUGUUCCUUUCAUCACACCGUUUAAUACACUCACUGCUUCCACACAUCCUCUCAGCAGGGAGUGGUAAUACUACUGGUAGUAGUAAUAGUAAUAGUAGUAGUGGUUUCUACUAUUAUUGUUGUUGUUCUUCUUGUUCGGUUAGGGCGUACACCACCACAACACCCCCGUCUGACCCUUCAUGCGAUUCGACGGAAGUGCUGCAGGUGGAAUUGCUGCUGCCCGACGAGGACCAGGCGGACGACGACCAUCAUUACAACUACAAUUCCAAUGAUGCCAAUGGGGAUGAGAGAGAUCCGGCCAGGAGCCACAAGGACGAGGCGGCGGAGACGAUCACCGCCGUGGAUUCCUUCGCCCGCGCCAAAGUGGCCAACUUCAUCACCCACGCCGUUUCCUCUUCUUCCCCUUCCUCUUCUUCCUCUUCUUCUGUGGAGGUGCGGGCCGUCCAGACGGCUGGCGGGGAGGAGGCGCUCUUCCACGCCCGUCUGCGCCUCCCGCUGCCGGCCGCGUACGGCGAGCGCCACGGCGAGGGACUCGCGCCGGACGCGAAGACGGCGGAACUCGUCGCCGCGAUGCACGCCGUGCGGGUGUUGGACGCCCUCGGGCUGCCGCUCUUCCGCCUCCCGGAGCGGCAGCGGCGGCACGCGGCGGCGGCACGAGAGGCCGGGCGGUGGGCCCCCAUGCCGGGCGAUGCGCCGCGCCCACCAGACACACCAUCACCGCCAAGACUACUACUACUAUCACCUCAACAACAACAAAAAGGAGGAGGAGGAGGAAUAGGAAGGGAUGGGCCUUUGGGACAAUGGGGGAAACCGAUGGGAAAUACUAACUUUACAAAUGUCACAGCUGCGGCGUUUACGCCAAUGCGACUCACUCUCGCUUCUCCAUUCUUCCUCGAUUAUGGGAGUGUGUACCGCAUCAAACAAUUUUUAGCGUCGUAUAACUGUAAUAUUCAACAUUAUUGUCGUGUAAUACCUCUUCACAAAUAUGAUAGUAAAACACCAGGUGGUGCAGCGUUACCUGUAAAGGAUGAAGAUAAAAUGUUUCUUGUUCAGUUAAGGUUGCCGAUUGAUAAUCGUUUUGGUGAGCGUAUCGCAUUAGGUAAGGCACCUUUAAAAAAAGAUGCUAUUGCACUUGCAUGUAUGCAUGCAGAGCUUAUUAUUGAUGCUCUUGGGCUUGCACUUUAUCCAUCAUGUAAGGAAAAACAGAAAGUUCAUGCUGAGGAAUGUCGAAAGGUUAAUCGCUGGUGUAGUGAUCCUGAUGAGUAUGAGUACCACUAUGAUAAGGUCUCACCACCACCAUUGCAACUUAUCAAAGAUACUUCAACUCCAACUGCAACAGAGGCAGACCCUACAGGUUCUGUAGAAUCUAUUCUAUUAACUCAUGCCAAAGCUAUUGAUAGUUUUACUAAUGUAACAGAAGUUCAGUCACUUGUUCCAUCUGUCAGACGUGAAUUUCUUAAUUAUAUUGCACAGUACCGAAGAGGUACAAGUGAGGUAGCUUCUCCUUUUUUUGUGGAAGUACUUGGUGUGAAGGAUCAUUACGUGUAUCGUGCAACUAUAACAGUACCAGUUCCAGUAGUAGGAAAAUCAGAAGUAUUUAAUGAGUCUACAGAUUGUCAUAGUACUACUAAUAGUAGUUCUAUUGUUCAUCCUUCCUUUGUAGCUAUUGGUAUUGGUACUUCAGAAAUGGAGGCUGAAACAGCUGCUUCAAUGCAUGCCGUUCGUGUUCUUGAGCUUUUGAAUCGUCCUUUAGUUCCAGAUGAAAAGAUAACUGUAAAAGGAACACAAUUAAAUCUUACCUCGGAUACAGUGAUUCCUCCACCUUACCGUUAUGUUGUAUGUCACAUUGGACGAAUUAUGGUUCCAGGUCUCUCACCAACAAGGUCUAUUGGUGCUUCAUCUGAAAUGUCACGGCGACGUCAUAGUGAUAAUAAUAAUAAUAAUAAUAGUGGUUUUAGAGAUAAUCAAGAAUCACGACUUCGUCGUGCACGGGCUGAGAUAGCAAAAACUGACUGGUCAUUAGAUGCUGAUGCUGAUGGAUAUAUUAUUGUAAACCCAAAUGUUAAUGUACAGGAAGGGAGAAAUUACGUACAUACACUUCCUUCUGUACGACAGGCAGACCGUUUUGCAAUUGUACGACUACGUGACUAUUUAGAGCGUCAUGGAAAACGAUUAGAGGUUGCUGUAAUAACCACAAAAGUGGAAACCGAUGAAGGUUUGAAACGGUGGAUAAAAAAAGUUACCUUGCCUCUACCUGAAGUGUUUGGUCAUAUUAUUGCACAUGGAGAGGCUUAUACAGAAGAAGAGGCAUUAGUGAUGUGUGCCGUUCACGCUGAACUUCUUCUUGAUGAGAUUGGUGCACCUCUUUACGACCUUGAUGCUUUGCAGGAGAAACACUCGGAUGCGGCUGCGAUGCUUGGUAGAUGGGCACCAUCCAAGGCAGGAAAAGUACGUAGGGAUGUACGUUUACCACCACCAGUACGAAAGGAACAUGAGAAAUCAUGUUUGUGGGGGAGAUUAUCUAUGCAGACAAUGCGGAAACGUAAUGUUUCUACAACUGAAGGGAGUGAAACAGGUAUAGUUACUGGAAUACGUUCACAUGAAAAAGAUGUUACAGUAAAACAUGAAGGAGGGAUACCAACAACAAGACCAAAAUCAACAUCAUCAUUAUUAUCAACAACAGCAGCAACAGUAGGAGGAAGAACAACAGGGAAAAAUGAAUCAUUAUUAUCAUCUUUGACUGAGAGAAAAAUUGAAUCAGGGAAAAAAAUAUUAACAACAACAACAACAACAACAACUGAAAGAUUAACUGAAUCAAAUCCUACUCCUGCUAUGGGAGGAAAGGUAACGGAUGAUGUACUUUGUGACUUGGAUAGUCUAGAUUCAGUUCACCCUAAUGAUUUUUUCCGUCAUGCUCCACGACUCUUGGAUACUUAUUGUAAACGAAAGGGAGUGGAUAUUAAUCGUUCUAUGCGGCAGUAUAGUGUUAAGAUGUCUUCUUAUGGAUUUGUUCAUCGAGCCGUCUUGGAACUUCCCGUUCCAUCUCAGUUUGGUAGACGCCACGCUGUAGGUUGUGCCUUAUCGAAGAAAGAAGCUUUUGGACUUUGUUGUAUGCAUGCUGUUACUGUUCUUGGUGCCUUGGGAAUUCCUAUUUACACCGGUGCCAAACAGGCAGAGUAUGCGGCGAUAUCACGAUCAAAGGGACGAGAAGCGCCAAGACCCGGUGAUCCUCUUCAACCAGGUGAUACCAAAUCCCCACCAGGAUUAAAAAGUUUACCUGAUGUUUAUAUGGAGAAACCUCGUCCACCGAAUCCACCAAGUUUAGCUGAGUGCCGUAAACCUUUUAUUUGGACUAGUUAUGUAACGGCAUCUCGUAACUAUAUUGAAAAAGCGAGAGGUCAAGUUAUCUUUGAUGCACUUUUUUCACAAAAGAAAGCCCCACGUAGUGGAAUAGAUGUGGAAGAUAAGGCACUGGACGUGGUGGAGUCCAUGCCUCUUUUAACAAAUGUGAGAUCUAAACUUCCACAAAAGUGUGCAGCGGCCCGUUUACCAUCACCACCACCACCGCCGCAUUCUUUUCGGUUUGAACCGUACGGUCUUCCUCCAGAGCGGCGUUAUUUGGUGGAGCAACCAAUACUUGGCACUCCCUUUAUUGCCCGUGGAAUGGGAGAAGAAGGACAGGAGGCCGUUACCCGAGCCGCAAUGCACUAUGAAUAUAUUGUGGGAAUUAUUGGCAAUGCACAACAUUCACAGGGAGAUACACGGCAAAUAUUACAACAGAGAUGUGGGGAUCUUUUUGAUGCUGAACUUCGUGAUUUUUCACUACGUGGAAAGUUAUCCAUUAUGGCUCUCUACACUACAUUGCGUGCCCCUUUCGCACCAUUGCGUUUAACAUUAAAAGAACGUAGUGGGAAUGCUGGAACUCCAUCUGUGUUUAUUUCACUUGUUGAAAUGGAAGAUGAGAGUGGACUGCGUAUGGCAGGAAAAGGAGAGGAUUGUACAAAUAUUGAAGGAGCAAGGAAUAGAGCUAUUGCAGAACUUUUUAAACAAUUACAACGUAAAUCAGCAUUUCAAUCCGUAGCUCAAAUGGUACGUUCUCAUCCAACUAUAUGUGCUGAAGGUGCUUCUUGUCUUGUGGCAGAAGGAAAAAUAAUAUCAACUUUACGUUCUAUUUUAGAGAAACAAAAGAAACAACUUCUUCUUUUACAUUAUCCAUCUAUGGAUACUAUCGGUUGGGGUAAUAGGGUAUCUCAGGAGUUGUGUGGUGGUGAAUCGCAUUUGGAAUCUCUAGAGUUACGACUACUUUUUGAUGUUGUAAAAAAUGCACUUGGAUCUACGAUGAAACCGCUUCCAUUAACAAUUCCUGCAGCAUCUCGACAUUUAUUAACUCGAAUGGGUCUCAUAUUUACAAAUGAAUCUGAAAAGGAAUUUCAUAAUGGUACGGAGGUAAAAACAAUUGGAGUAGCAGUAGCCUUAUUUGCAACGUGUUUACCUCCAUUAUUUCUCCAAGAAGAGAGAUUAGAUACAUCUACUAUAAGGAGUGCAUUGCCAAUGCAGUUGGCUAAACUCCUUUUUUCUGGAUGUUUAAUGAAUUGUCAAAAUCUUUGUAUUCGUGUGGUUGCUUUAGUAUUAUAUUUGCAGUGUGUGGAUGUUAAUCAUUACAAUGGUGAGAAAAGUGGUGAUGUAUUGGAACUUUUAAAACAUGAACUUCCAGACGGAGCGAAAAAAAUUGCUACUAUUAUUGCAUCACGAUUACAGAAACUUACUUGUAACUUAAAAAGAAAAUAUAAUGAUAAGGACAAGGAUGCAUUACUUUUGAAUUCUCUUAUUGCAAGUAUGGAAUCAUCUAAUCCUUCUGUAAAUAAAGAUGUGUGGGGUUCUCUACCAGAGGGAUUAACAGUAAGAGAAGAAGCAAGAUUACGUUUCUCCAUAUCAUUCGCUACUUUCCCACAAGUAUUCAUACAGAGAAAGGCUGCAACUGAUAAUAUACUUCGAAUGAUAACAUUAGAGUCUAAAGAUCGACAACAAACGGUACGUGUUGGGGUACCAUCAUCAUUAGUUGAAUCUACUGGCUCUUCUUCCUCUUCUUCCUCUUCUUCUUCUGAUACAGUUUCUUUUUGCUGUUACAGUUCUUUCCCUUGUUUUUCUGCAUUUGAUAAGAUAAAUAAACAUCGCACAUCCACUUUAAAUAAUUCUUCUACUGUUUCUGAGGAACUGUCUAUUUUGGGAACAUUUAUAUCCCCUUCUGGUGUAUUGUUAAGCAGUAUAUUUUGUGAUGAGUCUCAUAUGAUGAGUAUUACAGAUGAUGUUUCUAAUAUGGCAUUGGUGAAUAGUUUUAUACCUGUGGUCUUACGCACAUCUGAUUCCCUUAAUGCCGUUGUUGAAUUAUCUCAAGUGUUGAAAAUGCAUUGGAGUUUACUAAAGUCUCUUCCAGAAGAUGUGCAAAAUGUCAUGGAUGAUCUUUUGGUGAGUAAACACUCCUUAAAGAAUGUUGUGCAGGCGGCACUACUGGAGUGA